UGAGUGUGUGUUGGUGUGAGGAGGAUGGUGCUGUGGGAAGUAUGUGUGCUGUUCCUGGCUGUGCUGAGUGUGUGUGAGUGUGAGGGCCCGGGGCUGGUGGACGCUGUGUCUGAGAGGAGAGCUGAGGAGAGUCACCGGCAGAACAGCGCCAUCGCCCUGCUCUUCACCCUCCUGCUGACCGCCACCAUCCUCACCACAUGGCUCUUCAAACACCACCGCCUCCGCCUGCUGCACGAGACCGGGCUGGCCAUGAUCUACGGCCUGUUGAUGGGUGUUAUCCUCCGUUUUGGGGUUCAUGUGCAGCCAGACCUUAUCGAUGCUCCGUUAACCUGUGUGUUUAACUCCAGCCCCAGAUCUCUGCUGCUUAACAUCAGCGGACGUUUAUUUGAAUAUACACUGAGCGGAGAGGCCAGUGACACACCAAGAAAGGAUGCCCCAAACUCACAGAUACUGAAGAAGGUCACUUUUGACCCGGAGGUAUUCUUCAACAUCUUACUUCCACCCAUCAUAUUUCAUGCUGGAUACAGCCUUAAGAGGAGAUACUUUUUCAGAAAUUUGGGCUCAAUCCUUUCCUAUGCUUUUGUGGGAACUGUGAUUUCCUCCUUUGUAAUUGGGUUAGUGAUGUACGGAUUUGUGGCAUGUAUGAGUGCAGUCGGUCAGCUGGGAGGAGAUUUCUUCUUCACAGACUGUCUGUUUUUUGGAGCCAUUAUCUCUGCCACAGAUCCAGUGACUGUUCUGGCCAUCUUUAAUGAUCUAAAAGUGGAUGUGGAUCUUUAUGCUCUGCUGCUCGGCGAGAGCGUGCUGAAUGAUGCAGUAGCUAUUGUUCUGUCAUCAUCUAUUGUAGCCUAUCAGCCAUCUGGAUCCAGCAGCCACUCUUUUGAGGGAGAAGCCAUACUGGUGUCUCUGGGAGUGUUCCUUGGGGUCCUGAGCGGAUCCUUAGUCCUCGGCACAGCAACCGGGUUCAUCACCGCUCUGGUGACGAAGUUGACCAGGUUGAGGAAUUUUCCACUGCUGGAGACCACUCUUUUUUUCCUCAUGUCCUGGAGCACCUUCCUAUUGGCUGAGGCCUGCAACAUCACUGGUGUGGUAGCUGUGCUAUUCUGUGGAAUUACUCAGGCUCACUACACUCGCAGCAAUCUAUCAGCAGAGUCCAAAAAACGAACAGAGGAGUUGUCAGAGUUGCUGAAUUUUCUGGCUGAAAGCUUCAUCUUCUCCUACAUGGGCCUCACACUCUUUUCAUACCAGAACCACGUCUUCAAUCCCGCCUUCAUCUCUGGCUCUUUUCUAGCUAUUCUCCUCGGUAGAGCAGCCAAUAUUUACCCACUGUCCUUCCUGCUGAACCUUGGUCGCUCCAACCGCAUAAGUAACAACUUCCAGCACGUCAUGAUGUUCGCAGGGCUGCGGGGGGCUAUGGCCUUUGCCCUGUCCAUCAGAGAUACGUCCACUUAUGCAAGGCAGAUGAUGUUCUCCACCACACUCCUCAUUGUAUUCUUCACUGUGUGGGUGUUUGGAGGAGGCACCACACCUGUACUGAGCAAAAUGAACAUCAGAGUGGGUGUGGAAGAAGAUGAGGAGGAGUGUAUUACAGAGCUUGAUGACAUGGUCAGUGGAAGCUGCAGUGCAGCCUGGCCAAUCAGAUUGUGGUACAAGUUUGACCACAAUUAUCUAAAGCCCCUCCUGACUCACAGUGGUCCUCCACUCAGUGGCUCGCUACCUGCCUGCUGCGCACCUGUAGCUCGCUGCCUCGCCAGCUCUCAGGAAUACAAGAGUGUCCAGCAACCACAUGACGACGACUCAGAGCUGAUCCUGAAUGAAGGGUCCAGUCUCCUCUACAGUGACCUGCUGAUCAGCUCCGAUGACCCCUCUUCUGGUCAGGCUGAGAUGACCGAGGACACACCUGCACCCACCCAAGAGCCUAUACAACCACUGGCCCAGUCCCUCUCAGAGUCGCUCCGUCUCAGACUGUGACCAACUCAAGACUGUUAUUCAUACACCUGUCCAUCACCUUUUAGAUGUAUAACAUUAACAUUUUCAGGUCACACAUUUUAUGUUCUUCCAUAGCGACAGUUGCUAGGUUGGACAAGCUUUAAAGAACACUGGUAUCAUUUCAAUUUAUCCCUAAUGGGAAACUGUAGCUCCACCCCAAACAAAUGAACUGAAAAGAACCACCAGACCAGCCCAAGAGCUUUUUUGGUCUUAAAAGAAUAGUUAAACCAUGCAUGAUAAUAUUUCUAACAAUGAAUGAAAGUUAGUAAUUAAGUCAUGAUAAUCAUUGAUGUUUACUCACUAUAAUUGUUAGCAUCAAAAGCAUGACUGACCGAACCAUAACAGGGAUGCAGUAUUUUGGCUGCCUGGGCAAAGAAUCCUGGUAAUAAAGUUCCUCUCUGUCUUUUUGGGUUUGAAUAGUUGGUGUUUUUGUUUUCCUCUGACCACAGUAUAAUUUUGUUGAGCUAUGGGUGUUUCAAGCUUUUGGACUUUUAGCAGUGUUUAUUUAUUGGUCUUGCAUAAAUUAUUAUGGUUAAAGAACUGUGGAUUUUCCCUCCCUGGUCUCAAAAAUACCGUAGAGAGAGGUCAAUUAGAGUAGCACCCAUGAUCACGUGCAUCAGCCUCAUGCAGUCUGAGGCGUGUGUAUAAAUAUAUUUUGCUAACAUUUGCUACCACAGUUUCUGCCGUGGUGCAGCUCAGUGACUCCAGGAUACAGAACAUUAUCAAGGCAGUUGUUUUCUUUUUAAACACACUGUCCUCAAAACCCCAUUUAAAUAGUUUUUUGUUUAUUUGUUACUUUAAAAAGUAAACCUGAAAUAAAGUGCUUCUGCUAUACACAG